AUGGACAUCAAUUUGUACAUCCACAGUAUUGAGGUGGAGCUGCUUGAUAAGGAAAUAAAUAUGAUUGAUAAGGAGAAGGAGGAAGAAAAUGUAGUUUACUGUUUGCACAUUAAAGUGGAAAAUGGCUCCCGGAACGAUGAUUCAAAUUGUGAUUCAAGUAGACCCUUCAGCGAUACUUGGCGUGGUUUCAAGAAUGAACUCAUUAGUGGCCUGUUUUAUGAAACACCAUGGUACAUGUGCAUUAAGAAGGAAAAAAGCGAAGUAUGCAUGAUGUGUUAUGAAGUCAACAUUUCUCAAGCUUUUAACAUGUUGGAGAAUGAUGAGGGACUCACACUGUAUGUUCUGAGAAAAGAAUUGAGCAAAGACAAAGUUCAGUACCUGCACCGAAACCAACUGAACAUGAAGAAUAAAAGGUUAUAUGAUAAGAACAAUUGUAUCGAUUUUGAAACUGAUAACAUAAAAGGGAAAAUAAAAGUGUAUUUAAAAAAUGGAAUAGUUUAUAAUAAUAUAUUAAAGGAAAUAAAAUCAGAUAACUUUGUUAAGGAUGCCCAUUUUGAGAAAUUAACUUCCAAUGGAUUUUCCACAAGGUCAAAUGAAAAAAUAGUGGAUGAUAAAUUUGGAGAAUGUACGAAAGAACAAAACAGAUUGUUACAGGAUAAAUCUAUAACUAACGAUUUUAAUGAGUUACUAAAUUCGAGGAAAGUUUUGUAUUGGGUAUACGUAGAUGAUAACAAUAAGGAACAAGGACCUUUUAGCAGUAACACAAUUUUUACAUGGAUCAUAAAUGAAUACUUUGAAGAUGAAACAUUAAUAAGACUACAUGAUAAGCACAAAUAUUAUAAAUUGUAUGAAGUAAUUGGAUACAUUGAAAAAAAUGUUCUACUAAAUUCUUACAAUGAUGAAUUACUAUACGAUCAAACUGGGGACAAAACUCAGAUCAUGCAUCAACAUAAUGAUAAGGAAAGUAUUAAAGUUCAAAAAAUAGACGAAGCGGAUUCAUAUCCAAUUGUGCAGCAUAUAGAGAUGGACAAAAUUUGGUGCCAAGGUUUAGGUAACCAAAAUGGUAUCAAGAAUUAUUUCAAAAAGGAAAAUGAACAAAUUUUGGACAUAGGGGAGGAAUACAGCGAAGAAUGUAAAAAAAAAAAUUCGGAAAAAAUAUCUUGUGCAUAUGAAAACAAAAUGGAUACAAAGGAUAUUACAUUUGAUGUAGGUACCAAAAGUGAAGAAUAUUCUAAUGUAGUAAAUGCAACAAUCUGUAACAAAAAGAUGAGUAACAAAAAUGUGAAAAAGAAAAAUCAAGUAAAAAGGCUAAAAAAAGAGAUUAAAAGAAUAAAAGAUGAAAUGGUUAAGUUGAAGGAAAAUGCGUGCUCCAGUAGAUAUUUAGUUUUUGAUGAUGCCGAGAUGGAACGAUACCCUGGGUUACCAGACAAUCCCGAGGCAACAGUAGAAGCAGUAACAUCAGAUGAAGAAGAAGAAGAAAAGGAAAAAAAAAAAAAGAAGAAAACCUCCAAAUGUGCAUCAAAGGGUACCGCGAAAAGGACCUCAGAAAGCACCGCAGAAGAAGAAAAUGUGUUUAUCUCCAAAAAUGAUUUACAACACGGAGUGAGUAAUAACAUAAUUGGUAAGACAAUACAAAAUGAAUCUGUUCAAGAAAAUAUCAAAAGACACAAAUAUAGUUGUGUACAUAAGAAGGGGAGAAACAAUUCCCAUUAUAAUGAUAAAAAUAUAGUAGCGAGAUUUGACAAAUCUUGUGGAAAUUGUCCCAAUACUACUUCUUCAAGUGAAACGGACAUAAUCGAGAAAAUAAUUAGUGACAUAAAUGAAGAAUUUCGAAUAAAAGAAAAUUAUCAAAAACAAAGGUGCAUUGAAAUUGCAAUGAGUAGCAUAAAUCAAGCACAAAAAUGUCUUUUGAAUAUAAAAAAGAAGAGAAUGACUUCUUACUUGAACAGAAUAAUAAACUUAUCAAUUCAUGAUCAGGCUAUAUACAUAAGCAAUGAUGUGUCAAAGUUGGUCAAUACGGGGAAAAAGAAUUUGAGGAAAUACAAUCCUACAUAUGACACGUCUACUUAUUAUAGAUCAUGUACAGAAUGUCCAAUAUGUGAUAUUGGAAAAAGUGAAAUUCCGAGCGAGAGUGUAUUAAGAAGUGUGAACCAAAUUACAAACAAGAAAUCUUACCUUUCCGAGAGUAGGAAAUUUGGAGAAGAUGUUUUAGCAGAAAUCUCGAGGAAAAAGAAAAUGGAUUAUUCGUUAGUAAUAAAUAAGGGACAUGUGAAAACAUCUGAGAAUGAUAAAUCAGGGAAUGAAAAAAGAGACUUGGAAAGAAUGAUAAAGAAAGGAACUGGAAUUGAUAAAGGAAGAAGGAUCAGUGACAUGAGGAGUGAAAAGGAACAAGCAACCAUUCUAUGCUUUAACCUUCAGAAGAACACAGAAGUUGUGUUUAAAUAUUACUUGAGCUAUGACAAAUUUUUAAAUUGUGUAAUUUUUAUACAGUACAAUGUAAGAAAAUGGCUAAGAAAGAGGAAAAAACAUAGAAGAGUGGCGAAUAAGAGCUAUUAUCAUGUUUGCAAUUCAGGAAAAUUAACACAUUUGUGUGAAAUGAAUGGUAGGGGCAUACAUAACAACAAUGGAGAAAUCGAAGAAGAAGAAGAAGAAACGGAAGAAGCCAGAGAAGGAAAAAAGAAAAGUAAGACGGGUAGAACGAAAUACAAAUCGGUCCUAGUGAAUCAUAUAUUCUCAAGAGAUUCUUAUUUAAACAAUGAAAAGAAGGAUAUAUCCGAAUUGUAUGAUAAUGUUUUAAAGCAACAAACAAGAAACGAAAGCAAAGGAAUGAAGAUACCAUUUAACUGUACUACAGUACUACGAAACCUUGAAGACGGGGAAAAAGGUUUUUCCUUGCAAAAUUGUAGAAAUGGUGAUUACAUUUUUAAAAAAAAUGAUGGUAUGAACAGAUGUGAGGAAGAUGGACUCAUGAAGAGGUGCAAGGAGAAGGGAUUAUUUAAAGAAUUUUCCAAUUUGUUUAACAAAAAGUUUGAAUAUGAAAAAGAUGAAAAAGGAGUCAAAAGGGAAGAUAUUGAAAUGAUAAAAGAAAUGUCUAACAUAAAAAGUCAUGAUAUAAAUAUAAAACAAGAUGAUCCAAGAUUAAAUAAGCAAACUGUACAUGAGCAUUUAUGUAAUGUGUUAAGUAAGUAUAAAAGUUUUAGUGAGGAAAACAGAACGUAUGAAAAUUUGAAUGAUUUGAAAAGGAAUGACAAAUUUACACUGAAUUUAAACAAGUAUAAUAGCUUUCUCAAGUCGAUAGAAAAAAAAGAUAUCACUAACAAAAGGGACACAUUAUUAAAAAUAGUCAAUAGCGUGAAAUUUGAAAACAUAUUAAAUGAAAAGAAAAAGAGCUACAAAACGCAAAAGGAUUUUAAACAUGGUUCUAUUAUGUCCAUGUCAAAUUCGUUUCUUAACCAUAAACAAAAUAUCACCAAUAAUUGA